AUGACAGCGUGGUUACUGGCUCCCUCACCUGUCCAUGCACGAAAGAUGUUCAGUGCGAGCAGCCGGGUAUGUGCGCUUGGAACGGGAAGGCAGCUGCCGGUGCAGGUGCCGUCGGCUCCGCAGCGAGCGGCACGGCGUACGCGCUCCCGGAAACGCCUCUCGUGCUCAACGGAGACGCACGUGCAUCUCGUAGGUUUUGGUCUCGCUGGGGCAGCGUUAGCGUUUUAUCUUUGUGAGCGCGCAUCCCAGAGCCAACGGCUGACGAUUAGUGUUGUCGACUCGGCCGGUGCGGGCUGUGCUGGUGGUGCAACGCACGCAUCCGCUGGCAUCCUGCACCCGUUUACGCCCCGCGGACGAAAGAUUUGGCUUGGCGACGAGGGCCUCAUUUGCAUGCGAGAAAUCCUAGGGGUUAUAUCUGAGAAAGACUCGUCGCCGGUUGCGCGGCGGAGUGGCCUGCUUCGUCUAGCGACCACCGACCGAGAAGCUGCGGACUAUGCCGCAGCAGCAACGCAAAUGUAUCCGCAGCAGCUGUACUGGGAUGCGGCUCGGAGUCAGCUUUACAUUCCCGACGCGUGGGUUGUUGAUGCGCCCGCGUACGUACGUGCCAUUCGGCGGUACCUCGAGCGUAACCACUCCGACAAGCUCACGCUCUGGGAGACGCGUGAAGUGCGCUCGGUAGCCGACGAGUGCCGGCGGCUGCAGAGCCUUGCUGAGGCCAGCUGUGCAGCGGUUACUUUCCUGGUGAUUGCAGCUGGCGCCAGCAGCAGGCUUCUGAUUCCUUCAUUGCCGCUGACAUGGUGCGGUGGCCACAACCUUGUUUUCCGGAGCCAGGACUUGACGUGGCCGUCGCCCGAGUUCGCAGCGGCGAGCACGCUCACUGCCGGGUUUUCGUCAACAAGUGCACCAGGCUCCGUGCCCCUGAUCGGUCAUGGGUCGUAUCUGGUACCGACACCUGACGGCACUCGUGUCAUUGGCGGUGCAACGAAGGAGUACGGUAUGACGGCAACAGAGGUGCUCAAGGCGCAGUCUCGUUCACCGUCGGAACAGAUGGCGCGAGCCACUUCGGCGCUGAGACAGCCUCUCAGUGCACUGCUUGGCAGGUAUGCAAACCUCGCAGAGCGCUACGCUGCCGGAGAGUCGCCGCUCUCGAAUACAGGCAUCCUGCGCGAUCCGCUUGAGGCGCUCUACGGCGUUCGAGCGCUUCCGCCACGCAGUGCUCUCGGAGCGGUGCCUCUGCUUGGAGAGAUCCAACAUGAAGCGCUUUCCAUGUUGGCAAGCACAAGCAUACCAGAGAAUACUCGCGUCCUGUAUUUCACUGGUCUCGGCAGCCGCGGCUUAAUCCAUCACGGCAUUAUUGGCCGACUUGCAGCUGAUGCUGUACUUCGCGGAGAGUCUGUCGUCUCGCUUGGCAGCGUGGCAAGUCCCACGGUACUUUCCUCGGUGCGUCGCGCGGCAGCGGCAGCUGUGGCCGCCUCCUGA